AUGUCAAUAAUGAAUCGUUCACAUACUUCACAAUCAGAUCUAAGUAUCAGAAAGGAUGCUAAGAAGUUACUGGAGCCAAACACUUUAGUUGAACUAGCCCAGAGUGUUGAAAAUGCAAAUAGUUUUGUUGCUGCUAAUGCAUGUUCCCGUCUGCAUUUAAUUGUUGAACAGAUGCAUCAUUUAAAGUCUCAGGCAGAAACUAUCUUAAAUAAUGCACAUAGAGAUAUUUUACUGCAUAAAUUGCCAUGCAAUUUUGUGAAAAAACCUGGAAAUAUCUAUUAUGUUUAUAAAAAGCCGAAUGUUGGCCAAUAUAUUAGCAUGCUUUCACCUAAGGAAUGGGAUAAUUGUCCUCAUGAAUAUGUUGGUGCCUACAAACUUCUACCUGAUAUGUCUUGGAUUCCUGAAGAUGAUAUCGACAAUUAUGAAUCUAUCAGUAAUACUGCUCUGCAAAUGUUAGACAGACAUCAAUUUAUGUUAGAAUGA